AAACAACACGCUGCUUAAAGCAGCCUCCCGGUCUAUCUUCGGGAUUGGAGAAUCUGGGUUAAUCCCAUUGUGGCUGAACCGAAAACAAAACCCGCGGACGAUAAUUAUUUGUUUUCUUAAAAACUAACAGUAUCUUCACUGGGACAGAUCCAAGUGCCUGACACCAGCCCCCUUUUUCGAUCAGAUCACACUCCGGAGCUGGACUUUAGUUUUUGAUGUGAAGAUUUGAUCAGUGGGAGGAGUAGGGUUUGGAGAGGGAUAAAAUAAAAGGGAUCGAACAGCUCCCCCCAUCCCCAAAAAAACAUCACUUGUCUUCCAGAUGCAUUCGCUGUUGGAUCGGAAAAAGAAGGAAGCGGGUGCUGAGCUGGGCUUGGUGGAUAUGCCAGGGGACAGUCUGCUCGGGCAGCCCCAGAGGAUGUGGACAUGUGUGGGCUGCCUCUGGGUGCUGCUGUCCUCCUGCCUGGUUGCAGUCUGCAGUUUCAGCUUCAUCUCGCCCGCUUGGAUCGUCAGGGAGAAGAGCAAAGAGUCGGUGAGCUUCGGACUGCUCUGGUACUGCUCCGAGAGUGUCUACAACUGCUACACCUUCGGGGGUCUGAGCAGCUUCGCUGACAUCCCUUCAGGCACUUGGCAGACGAGUGCUGUUCUGUGUUCCGGAGGCUGCGUGCUGCUGGCUACCAGUGCCCUGUUGGCUAUUGUUACUGUCUUCCUGCCAAGUGGACUGUGUGAGAAGAGAAUCUGCACACUGGCUGGCUACAUGCAAACAACGUCAGUGUUUAUUAUGGCGUCUGGACUCCUGAUCUAUCCUUUCGGAUUGAACUCACCCCUUGUGCAGAAAUACUGCGGGAAUUCCAGCAUUUAUCAUGCAGCGGAUUGUCAGAUUGGAUGGGGUUAUAUGCUUGCCAUCGUCGGGGUCAUGCUUGCAGUCUUCUUACCUUUCUUCUCCAAAUACGCACCGAAAGAGUCCAGCUCACCGACUCCAAUACCUACAAUCUUAUAGUACACGUUACAGAAAAGGGACAUGUACAGCACUGCUAAACAAAAACCCUGCUUUUAGACUUUCAGUAAUGAACAGAAGAUAUGAGAGCACUUCUUUAAGCUAUAAAAAAGCAAAAUAAGGUCAAUUUGAUUUAAGUGACCCAAAGUGCAUUACACAAAAAGUCUUCCUGAUUUCCUCAAAAUACACAACCAGCUGCCAACACUGCAAUUUGUGCAAACUGUUCUAAGGAAAUCAGUUCCGAAAUACAUGCUGUGAGCAGUAUUACUGUUACAUGGAUUACAAAUUUAACUGGAAACAAAUAUCUAUUAAUUCAGGCAAUUCGUACCAUCAGCUGGGUUGGCUGUAGUUUUGAGGAAACUACAAGGUUGAGUAACAGUAAGAUAUGCGAGGGUUCAAUUUACUAAAGAAUUUUGAUUACGAUGAACAAAGUAACAGAAAUAAGCUCUGUGAAGAUAUCACAGUUACAGAAUGGCAGCAUAAUGGUUACUAGCUCAUAAGAAGGAUGCUGAGGUUUAUCAUUGUUCAAUGCAACCCUCAAACAAUGAACUGUGAACAGAUUAGAAAAUGAAGAGUAAUUCUGUGGUUACAAGGUUGCUUAUUUCAAAAUAUUCUUCCGUUCCAUGUCUGCGAGCAUCAGAAUAAAAUUUUAACUAGUGUACAAGACUGCCAGGUAACAUAGAA